AUGAAAGUCUUAUGUGUUGCUGAGAAGCCGUCUGUUGCAAAGUCUAUUGCGCAGAUACUCUCUGGCGGCCGGAUAAGCAAUCGUAAUACGAAGGAUAAAUAUAUAAAAAACUACGACUUCCUUUGCAAGGAUGCUGAGAAUCGAGAUGUCAGAGUUACCAUGACUUCUGUCAAAGGCCAUCUCAUGGCCAUAGACUUUCCAGAACAGUAUCAAGUAUGGGGAAAGUGUUCGCCAUUAUGUCUAUUCGAAGCUCCAAUAAUAAAAUCUGUCAUGAAGGGCAUGGAGCCAAUUCGUGACAACAUCGCAUCCGAAGCAGCAAAGUCAGAUAAACUCAUUAUAUGGACCGAUUGCGAUCGAGAAGGGGAGAACAUCGGCGCAGAAAUCGUUAACGUGUCUCGGCAAGCAAACCAUCGCAUACAAGUGCUUCGAGCGCGCUUUUCGUCUAUCAGCAAUCAACCUAUAAUUCAAGCAUGGAGAUCGCCUGUGCAAUUGGAUACACGGCAGGUAGCGGCAGUGGAUGCAAGAAGUGAAUUGGAUUUACGCAUCGGUGCGGCUUUUACAAGAUUUCAAACGUUGGGAUUCAAAAGGCUGAUUCAAGGCGCACAAAAGCAAGUAAUAAGUUAUGGGUCAUGCCAGUUUCCAACUUUAGGCUUUGUCGUCGACCAAUAUUUAAAGGCCGAAAACUUUAUCACGGAAACUUUCUGGAAGAUUUCCGUCACCCUUGAACGCGAUGGAUCUAAGGUCGAAUUUUGGUGGGCGAGAGGCCAUCUAUUUGACCAACUAGCAUGUUUGGUGCUUUACGAACAGUGCGUGGAACAUCCCAUUGCAACAGUUCUCAAAGUUCAGUCGAAGGAAACUAAAAAGUGGAAACCAUACCCAUUGACUACAGUCGAGCUUCAGAAAGCUGGAACGCGAUUCCUACGCAUGUCUUCUCAAAAAAUAAUGACGGUUGCAGAAGCAUUGUAUAACAAAGGGUUUAUCAGUUAUCCGAGAACGGAAACAAAUGAAUUUCCGCCCAGCAUGGACCUGAAAUCAUUAAUCACUGCUCAAGAAACCAGUACAGUAUGGGGGGACUAUGCUAGAAAGCUCAGCAACGGAGCGUUCCGUGCGCCCCGCAAAGGUAAACAAAACGAUCAAGCUCAUCCACCUAUUCAUCCGACUAAGAAUACGGCUAGUUUGACUGGAGAUGAAAAGACUGUAUAUGAGUUUAUCGUCAGAAGGUUUCUGGCAUGUUGUUCAGAUGACGCAAAAGGAAACGAGACGCACGUUGAGAUUAGCAUAGCAGACGAGAAUUUUAGUACAACAG